AUGAAGGAGCACCCAACUCCCCGGAAGGAACAGGCCCGUUCCUCAGAGCUCUUGGAUCGAAGAACCAAGGACUUCUCGUCGAAGAAGAUACGAAAGAUCGCGAAGAAGAGCUUGAACUCUGCAUUUACAUCCCUUUCCGAAGAUGUUACAGAAUCACCAAAGGAACCGGAAGAUUUAUUUUCAGUUUCUGAGAUCGCCGACACUGAUCACUUUAGAGAAAUCUCAGAAAGCUUCUUGAUGGCGGCGAGUCCGGCUCUUUCUGCUUCAUCAGAAUCACUGUUUGCUUCUGACCAUACUCCAUCCUCCACGGUCACAGCUGAAAUGGACGAACCGGGACACCAGUAUGGAACCUUCGAAUCAGGUGGUUCGAAGAUCAGUUAUGUAGAGGUAGAGACUGCAAUCAAUUUUCUCAAAAGAAGUCGAUCUCGGGUCCUGAAGUCUGCAGGUACAGAUCCUCGAUCUAAGAGGAUUAUGGAUGCCCUAAUUGAGAUUGUUAUUGGCGAGUUCUACCCUCAUCCAGAAGAGAAAGACCACAUUGGCGAACUCAUUUUGAUGAAAAUUCAAAUAGUUCUCCUCUGUUUCUUCUUGUGGAUCCUUGCAGUGGCAGUAGCUUUCUUCUUCGGUUCAGCGGUUCAAAACUCUUUCAGAGGACCUCUUCCAACUUGAGCCAAAAACUACAAGUGGUAAGAGCUUUUGUCGUUUAGCAUUCUAGGUCUAAUUUUGCUCCAAUAUGAGAUGCUUUGCAUCUUCAUUUUACUCCGUAUUAUUUUCUACAUGAGAGUGCAAAGAAUUGUACAGUCCUCCUGCAUUGACCACGGGUGUAAUUUGAAGUGAUUUGGU